AUGAUACCGUAUGGCCAGACAUGCGUUGUUCAUCAACUACCGCUUAACCAACGAAUAAAGAAAAUGGAAUUUGACGUCGGCUUUAGAGGCCACCCAGGAUUAGUAGCACUGUUUUCAGAAGCAGCAUACAAUGAACAAAUAAGAUUAGGGCGUCCGACAUUGGAUUUCAAGCAGUGGGAAUAUUUCAAUUUGCCUGAGAAGUAUUGCAGGGAUCUCAUUCUUUUCGUGCACGUGGCCGGAAAAGAGAUGUGGAGCGAUGAUCGCAGCCGUGGAGAUGACCGAGAGGCGGACAUUAUCAUUCUGGCGACAAUUCGGAGAGGACGUGAAGAGGACGUGGACGAACGGCAUUAUCAAUUUCUGUUGGACAAAAAAAGGACCACUGUCGCAUUAACAUGUGCGAAAGAGGGAGUUAUUGUCAUAGGCGACUGCAAGGUCCUCAAGCAGUCGACAGUAUGA